CUUUUCCCUCUCCAACCCAAGACAUUACAUAUCAAAGGCUUCAAGUAUAUUCGCCGAAGAUGUUUUCUUUACCACCCGGAUGGACUGAAGAGCGACUUCGAACCAUAACCGAGGAUGACUUGCGUCAAAUACCGGAAGAGCGAAUCCGCCAAAUUGAUUUAAAUUUGAUCCCCUUCGACAAUGUUCGAGCUCGCACAAUCAUCUCAUUUGCGAAAUUGUUCGAGGAACAAAGAUUAAGUCGCGCGAGAAAGGGCAUGCCCCCUGCCCCUCCAAAAGAUAUAUUCAAAAUACCCGAUGAUGCAGUCGUCCAGGUCGUGGAAGAGAAUGGAUUCGAUGACUUCGGUUUCAUUACUUUCCGAACAGAUUACUCAGAUGAUGAAAGCUGGGAUAAAUGGGAUGCAGAGUAUGAUCGCCUAAUAGAUUUGUCGAUAGAAAGGUCCGCUGGCGGUCAGAAGAUCAUGGAUAAAUGCUUGAUGCCUCGCUUUGAGGAUCCGGAAUUACAUGGUGCUACGCAUCAGCAGAUACAACAAUCAUACUAUGGGUACAUAGAAAACGAGGGCUUAGCACCGGGAUUAGAUGUGGGCCUAUGUCUGGUUGCUGAUACUGCCGCUGUAGAGUCCAUGAACAGUGACCUGCCAUGGGUUUACGCGUUGGACAUGAAUUUUGAUCAUUCGAGUGAAGUAGAAGAGGGGGGAUAUUCAGGGUAUUUCAGAGUUGCUGUGGUCUCGGUGAUCCCAGAACUUUAUCCCAUCCUUACAGCUAUGCCACCUGCGGAGCUUUGGUCUCAGGGUGAUGAGAUAUGGCAGUCAAUCGUUUAG